AUGAACUUGAACACUGCCACAACUUUGGGAUAUUGCACCCGUGACAUAAAGGGCUCAAAUCUUCAGAUUGACUCUAAUGGCAAUCUCAAGAUUGCUGAUUUUGGAACUCACCUCAGAAGCAGCCUCUUACAAGUCGGGUGGUUACACUGUGGUACAGACCUCCAGAGCUUUUGCUUCGUGCCACAGGCUAUUGAGUUGCCGUGGAUCUACGGAGCACUGGUUUCAUUCUUGCAGAAUUGUUUGCUGGAAAGCUUGUCAUGCCUGGAAGAACAGAGGCGGCUCAAAGCAUAUUGGAAGUUUCUCUCCAUUGCCAUUGAAUUGACAUUUGAUAAAUACCAGAAUCUAAUAAGAAAGUGCGAAAGCCAGAAGUUUCUCAAGUCGUACCAACAAGUGCUUUUCAUUGGAAACCUCUUCUCUUAUGCCUGA